AUGUCAGAUGACGAGGCUGAUCCGGAACUACUGGCACUCCUCCGCCAGUCUCUCGGCCUCGGUGCUGGCUCCUUCACCGCACGCCCGUCGACCGGGGUGUUGGAGUCGGCAGAAUACAUCUGCGACAAUGCCAUCGACGUCGCCAUCUCGCCGGACGGUACCAAGGCGGCCGCAGAGACGAUAUGGCGAGUGAUGCAGCAGAAGCAUUACUCUACCGAGACAUGGUCGUCACAUAAACUGCACCCGCAAUCCAAAGACGAAAGCACAGUCAAUUUCAUCUUCACCAUGAACCUGCUCAACUUUUCCUUUUGGUCUGAGCUGUCGUCUGAAGAACGCUUCGCCGUGGAGUACAGAGGCCGCCCGUGGACGGGAUACUGGUCCCUCGUGGCAGCGUUGCAGAGAGCGCUGGAUGAAGGCUAUGCAGUCACCACUCCCAGCUUCUGGCGUGAUCUCGAUGCCUGCUCAGAUAGCGUACUAGAGCACAUCUUUCGCUCUGCAACCACCGAACCUAUACCGCUACUUGCCGACCGGAUCGCAAUCCUCCGUGAGGCCGGCGACAUCCUCCACGACCACUUCGACGGACGACCAGCCAAUAUCAUCUCUCGUGCCAACCAGUCUGCCGCCACACUGGUAAACCUGCUGGUCGAAUAUUUCCCGAACUUCCGCGACUCGACACCCUAUCACGGCCGUGAGGUGCGACUAUACAAGCGCGCCCAAAUCCUCGUGGCCGACGUAUGGGCCUGCUUCAACGGCCGUUCGUACGGAUGCUUUGACGACAUCGGUACGCUGACCAUGUUCGCCGACUAUCGCAUCCCACAGAUGCUCCAGGGCCUGCACUGCUUGCUGUACUCGCCGCGGCUGGAGACGCGGAUCAAGCGACUACAGCCCCUUGAGCCGGGUGAGGCCAUGGAAGUCGAGAUCCGCGGCUGCAGUAUCUGGUGCGUCGAGCUACUCAGGCGCGAGAUCGAGCGCCGCCACCCAGAGGCGAAAGGCAAGGUCAACGCCGUGCUGAUUGAUUUCUUCCUGUACGAUACGUGUAAAGAUAUGGAGGCUCGGGGCGAGGUCGAAGAGAUGCUUCCCCAUCAUCGGACGAGAUCCAUUUUUUAUUGA